AAGUGAAGGCGAACGGCCUGUGGUAGUCUAUGGUUGUUACCACACACAGAAGGUGGCGCUGUCGCACUUUGACGGUGGUUAGCGACCCGCCAAACGAAGAAGAAGAAUCCAGUACCGGAAGUAUACUCGAAAGUUGUGGACUUCUUCCUGCUGUCGCUGUUUGUUUCAUCAGCCACGAGAGUCUUCGUCCAGCCGACAGAGAAGCCUCCCUCGGGUGUUUCAGAAAGAUGGGAGACCCUAUAACCGAGUACACGACCCGACUACAGCAACAGGAGCGGGAGAUCCGGAGUCUCUCUGCUGAGAUUGAGAGUCUUAAAAACCCCCAGAACCUGAGCCCGUCUCCCCGCCUGGACGAGCUGCGGGACGAAAACACCAAGCUGAAGUACCGCCUCAACAUCCUGAAGAGGGGCCUGCAGGAGGAGAGGACGACUCACUGCGGCAAAUCCAUGAUGAACAUCAACCUACGGCUCCAGGAGAUUUUCGGCGAGGCCAUCCGGGCUUCCUGCCCCGAGCUGGACAACCCGCCGCUGUCGGUCGCGCCCAACCAGCAGGCCAAGUUCGGAGACUACCAGUGCAACAGUGCCAUGGCCAUGGCCCAGAUGCUGAAAGCAAGAGGAAUGAAAAUCAACCCGAGGGAAAUCGCUGAGAAGAUCAUCCAGAAUCUUCCGGACAACGAACUCAUCCAGAAAACUGAAAUCGCAGGACCAGGGUUUAUCAACAUCCAUCUGAAGAGGACGAUUGUGUCCAAACUGUUGAGCAACCUGCUGAUCAAUGGCGUGCAGCCCCCCCCACUGGCCUCCCCGAAGAGGGUGGUGGUGGAUUUCUCCUCUCCCAACAUUGCCAAAGAGAUGCACGUGGGCCACCUGCGCUCCACCAUCAUCGGGGAGAGCAUGUGUCGGCUGUUUGAGUUCCUGGGCUACGACGUCGUCAGGUUGAACCAUGUGGGGGACUGGGGGACCCAGUUUGGGAUGCUGAUUGCCCACCUGCAGGAUAAGUUUCCCGACUACCAAACCAGCUCCCCGCCCAUUGGUGACCUGCAGGCCUUCUACAAAGAGUCGAAGAAGCGCUUUGACGAGGAGGAGGACUUUAAGAAGCGAGCGUAUCAGUGUGUCGUCAGACUGCAGAGCAAAGAGCCCGACUUCAUUAAAGCCUGGAACCUCAUCUGUGAUGUUUCCAGGAGAGAGUUUCAGAAGGUUUACGACUGCCUGGACAUCCAGAUUGUCGAGAGAGGAGAGUCCUUCUACCAGGACAUGAUGACAAAGGUGGUGAAGGAGUUCGAGGACAAAGGCUUGGUGGAGCUGGACGAGGGUCGCAAGAUUGUCUUCGCCCCGGGCCAGUCCAUCCCCCUCACCGUCGUCAAGUCGGACGGCGGCUACACCUACGACACGUCAGACCUCGCGGCCCUGCACCACCGACUCUUCACCGAGAAAGCCGACAUCAUCAUCUACGUCACAGACAGCGGACAGGCCACACACUUCCAGGUGGUGUUUGCUGCGGCUCAGAUGAUUGGCUGGUACAACCCCCAGGUGACCCGGGUGGAGCACGCAGGCUUUGGCGUGGUGCUGGGGGAGGACAAGAAGAAGUUUAAGACCCGGUCUGGAGACACCGUGAGGCUGAUGGACCUUCUGGAGGAGGGACUGAAGAGGGCCAUGGACAAACUGAAAGAGAAGGAGAGAGACAAGGUCCUGACCCCCGAGGAGCUGACCAAAGCCCAGAGGUCCGUUGCUUUCGGCUGCAUCAAAUACGCCGACCUCUCCCACAACCGCAUCAACGACUACGUCUUCUCGUUUGACAAGAUGCUGGACGACCGGGGCAACACGGCGGCGUACCUCCUCUACGCCUUCACUCGCAUCAGGUCCAUAGCUCGCCUGGCGAACAUCGACGAGGCCACGCUGAGGAAAGCGGCCGAGACCUCGGAGGUCCUCCUGGACCACGAGAAGGAGUGGAAGCUGGGCAAGUGCAUCCUCCGUUUCCCGGAGAUCCUGCAGAAGAUCCUGGACGACCUGCUGCUGCACACGCUCUGCGACUACCUGUACGAGCUCGCCACCACCUUCACCGAGUUCUACGACAGCUGCUACUGCGUGGAGAAGGACCGGCAGACGGGUGAGGUGGUGAAGAUCAACAUGUGGAGGAUGCUGCUCUGUGAAGCCACAGCCGCCAUCAUGGCCAAAUGCUUUGACAUCCUGGGCAUCAACCCUGUCGGGAGGAUGUGAUGUCGCAGUGAUCCUCCCAGCCUCUUGUCUUUUCUUUUCUUUUUUUUUUUCUUUCUGCAUCCAGAACAGGAAUGGGAG